GUGAACUAGGCAUAAUGAUUUAAUCUAUGGUGCUCGGUGUUAGCAACGGAAUAUCAAAACGACCCAUACAAAAGCGCCAUCUUGAAUAUCCAAAAUCAAAAAGAGUCAACGUAAUUUCUAUUUAUGGAAAAACGACCAGGGAUUGCCGCUUGAAGUUGCAUGGUAUCAAUUGAAUGUGCUGUUGUCUUAGUGUACAAUUUUAGUGAAUUAAAAAAUUAAUAAGAAACAUUUAAAAAUGGUGGACGUUGAUAAACUUAGCGAUGCUGAGUUGAGGACUAAACUGAUGGAAUUUGGAUUCCCAGCGCUUCCCAUUACAAAUACAACUCGUAAAAUUAUGGUGAAAAAGUUGAAGCUCCUUAUGGAAAAUAAGAAUAAGAAAAACGUUGAUGCCAGACGAUCACUUGGAAAAUAUUCAAGUGAGGAUGACAGUGAUACUGAAGUUAAAGCUGCAAGAAAUAAGAGGAGAGUUACAAUGGCUGCUCCACCUCCUCCUUCUAAGGCACCAACACUUAAAAAAACAACAAGAAUUGUUGAAACUACUAUAGAGGAAGAUAUUCCCAAAUCAAGUCCUGUAGAUGUAUCUUCCUCGAGAAGUGCCAGAAUUCUUAAAAAUAUACAAAAUGAGUAUGAUACAGGCUCAGACUCGGAGUCUGAGAUCUUGAGAAGCAGUCAUAUAUCAUCUUCCGGUGCUGAUAAAAGCAGUGGAAAACCAUAUCAAUUCACUUCAUCCUUUACUAGUGCUGCAAGUUCUUUGAGAGAAUCUCCUAAGAAAUCAUUAGAUAAUUCUUAUAGCAGGACAUUUUCAUCUAAUGAUAAACCUGUUGCUUUUUCUUCACCUGUGUUAACAGAAUCUUCAUCAGAUAGACUUAAUCAAAUUAGAUCUAGGAUAUCUGUGGGCAAUACAGGGCUUGAUAGAAACAUGUACACCUCCCCAACUGUUGAAACAAACUGGGCAUCAAUAGAAAAAGAGGAAACUCCUUUCUUAUCUAAUUUCACAAAAAGAUUAUCCCAGAUAUCUGCCUCAAAAUAUAAUAAUGAAGUAAUUAAGGAACAGGAAACCAAUGGAGCAACCUCUUAUCUGAGAACACCUCAAUAUAGCAGUGCUAGAUCCUCCGUGAGGCCAAGAGAAUUCCAUGACUACAGCAGGCCCAAUCGCAAUGAGGGAAAUUUCUUGAAAGAUAACUUGGUGCCCUUUAUUGUGCUUCUUGCUGCCGUAUUGUUCUUUAUUUUCGUAGGCUUCAUCUACCUUGGAAUGAGGUCUGACACAAGUCUUGAAACAACUGGUUUGAAUGUUCCCAUUUGUGAUUUUGGCCAUAAACCGAACCAUGUCAGAGGGGUGAGUUGUGUUUUGGAAGGGGAUGUAGAAAAAGCUAUAAACUUACUGAAACCUCUCAAAAAGGAACUGAAGGAGAGGGCGGUAAGGAAGUAUUGUGAAAAUAAUGAACUAAGUGAUCGUAUGUUAGAACCAGAUGUGGUUAAUUUUGUCAAGGGAAAGUUUAAAUUCCAGGAUGAAUCAAGAAUAUUAACUGAUUUGAGAAAUUUACAAGUCCUUGCUUUGAAGAACUCAAAAUGGGGUAUCACUCUAGUGCAAGCUCUUCCAGAUGAGGAAAUUAAUGAAAAGAAUAUCAUUAGAUCUUUGGACAAAUUGGGUUUUGACAGAGUUGCAAAACCAAUUUCGAUGAUUAUACUCAACCCUGACAUACCAUGGUCUUGUAGUAUGGCCAAAACAUUCUACUUGUUUGCCAGAACAGUAUUAAUUAUAUUUGGUAUACUGGGGACAAUCUAUGCUUCCAACUUGGGUUACAAAAGGUACAAUUUAUAUCAAAAGCAAAGUCGCAAUGAGAUCAUUGGUUUGGUGGAGAAAAUAUUGGAGGUACUCCAAAGUUGCGAAGCCGAGGAUAAUUAUUAUGUCAUCAAUCAUGUCCGGGACAUGAUCAUUCCUGUUACCGAAAGAAAAGCCAAGGACAAGAUCUGGAAGAAGGCUGUGGAAUUCAUCAAUGAGAAUGAGUCUAGAGUGAGGACUGAGAUACAAGUGGUACAAGGAGAGGAAUACUUGGUUUGGAGAUGGGUAGGAAGUAGUAACCUCAGUAUGAAUAUUUCUAAAAAUAAGUCUUGGCAAGGGCAGGCAUUCGAGACCCAAACUGGAGCAGUGAACAGCCUCUCAUGCUCUCCAACUCCUUGUCUUAAGAUAAGAGGCAUGAUCGAAGAGGGUGAUAGGAAUACAACUGUAAUCAGACAAGCCGUUUUAAGCAAAUGCACAUCUAACUGCAAAAUUUUACACUGUGCUGUUGAUACCAAAAUGAAGUGCGUCUAUAUGAAAUGUGCAGAUACCCAAGACGCAGCUAUUGCUUAUCAAAACUUACAUGGCUGGUGGUAUGCUGGACAACUUGUCACAGUAAAAUAUGUAAGAUUGGAGCGUUAUAUGCAAAGAUUUCCAGAUUCUCCUACGGCAGGGCCCCCAUUUCUUACCGAAAAGUGGACCAGUUAAUAAGAUCAUCAAACAUCAGAUAACUUAAAAGGCUUACUUGACAUUAGAAUUCAAAAUCAUUUUUUUAAGGUUUUACAUGCAAAAAUGCGGUUUACGUUAUUUGAGAAUGCUGAUAAAUCUUACUUCCAUUCAUCAAAGGCAACUGAAGAUAUUGAUUGUUACUUUAUUCAUGAAACCAAUGUAUUUAUUUAACUUAAGUUAUACUUUAAGAUCUAACCUCGACUGAAUGAACUGAAUCUUUUAUCUACUAGAAUAAGAGUAUGAAUUUAUUCGAAAACAACGAGAUUAUCUUCUAAUUUCGACACAUUAUAGACUAAUUGAAUGGAAUAUGCGUUGUUACAUUACCAAAUUGAAAUUGAUGUUAAAAUUCUAUUACAGAAGCUGUUUGUUUUUGAAUUAUGAUGGAUACGAAUUUUAACAAUUGUUGUAUUUUAUUACGGAAGUUCAUUAGACUGUAUUUGUAUAA